AUGUGGUGGUCAGCCAAUUCAGUGAUCUUAAUAUUUGAAGCCUUUCAGAAGAAGAGAUUGCUGGACUUAAAGAAGCAAUUCCAUGCGAUCCCCCGUUUGAGAUCCCAGAAGGGCCCUCGUACACUUGUCGUGGCCGCCGCCGGCAUUUCUAGUGCUGUCUCUGAGGCCAUGGCCGCCAAGUGGGCACAGAAGACCGUCGUCGUCCCUGCUCAGAGGCGCGGAUGCCAUCUCAUCACCCCCAAGAUUGUUGAAGAGAUACAACAAGAUUUGUCGGGCUUCAAAUGCGGCCUUGCUCAUCUUUUCCUGCAACAUACAAGUGCUUCUCUCACCAUAAAUGAGAAUUAUGACUCUGAUGUUCAGAGCGACACUGAAACAUUUCUGAAUCGGAUUGUGCCAGAGGGUCGAUCUGCACCGUGGAAGCACACAUUGGAAGGUGAGUAAACGUGAAAAUUGCAGCCUCCCAAUUUCAUUAACACCCAAUACUGAAAUAGCCUUCUUUCAUCUCUGGCAAUUGCCAGAAAAAUCAGUAUCAGCUGAUAAAGCAGUUACGAUUUAUUGAACUGCUGUGCUGAUCUUGGCAUUAAAUAUUGUAGAAGAGCUUAUGAUUGCCAUUCCCUAUGUAUAAUUCUUCUAAUCAAGCGACCAUCCUUCUCGAAUAAUAGCAGCAAGACUAUUAAUCAUGCUUUAUCUUUCUGUUUCAAUAAGACAGGAAUGGUUCUUCUCUUCUUUAAGGAAA